CUAUAAAUAGACAUUAACCGCCCGUCAAUUCAAACUUUUAUUGCAGUUGGCUUGGAGAGAGAGACAAGAGAUUUGUGAAGAAAGUAGGGAUGGCCCGUACUAAGCAGACUGCUCGUAAGUCAACUGGAGGGAAGGCUCCAAGGAAGCAACUUGCUACCAAGGCUGCCCGUAAGUCUGCUCCAACUACUGGAGGAGUGAAGAAACCUCAUCGAUACCGCCCUGGUACUGUUGCUCUUCGUGAAAUUCGCAAGUACCAGAAGAGUACUGAGCUCUUGAUAAGGAAACUCCCCUUCCAGAGGCUUGUCCGUGAAAUUGCCCAGGACUUUAAGACUGAUCUGCGUUUCCAGAGCCAUGCAGUGCUGGCCUUGCAGGAGGCUGCGGAAGCAUACCUUGUUGGUUUAUUUGAGGACACCAACCUCUGUGCCAUUCAUGCCAAGCGUGUUACAAUUAUGCCCAAGGACAUCCAGCUUGCUAGGAGGAUCAGGGGUGAACGUGCUUGAGUAUUGAAAUGGGGAGGGGAUAGUUGUGGUUUUUAGUUAUAUGUGUUGAUUUGCUCAGUCAAAGUUGCUAAGGUGGUAGACAAUAGGUAGUUUUGUGGCUGUUGUGUAAUUCCAGGGGGUUAUAUAACUGGUAGUGUUCGUCUGAUCAUAGACAUGAAUUUGCGCUUUUGUUACAGCUUCUACCAUGUUUUGUGGUACUGAUACCUAUAUCCUAUUGUUUCUAAUCUAGUUCAGUUUAUGUUUUAGUUAA